GCAGCAACAAGGCAGAAUUGAACAAGAAACUCCAGACUUCAUUUCAACAGACCUUCAAGGAGAAUCCCCCCAGUGAAUUGUUUCUUUUUUCUGUUUCACUGAGCAUCCAGCUUCUGAGCACUAACUUCUUUUGUGCUUGGUAAAUCUGAUCUUGGUCUUAACAUGAGAUCCAGAGUGUUAGCUCUCCUUCUUUUGGGGACGUAUGCUUUGGGAGGAUGGUGCCUUCCACUCAAUUCUGUGUUUGUCACCUUCCCUGGAGACAUACUCAAGAACGUGACUGAUGAGGAACUAGCAGAUCGCUACCUGAAGCGUUUUGGUUACAUGGAGGAACUCCAGCGUAGCGGAAUCCAGUUCCAAGGGUCCUCCUCAAAGGCCCUGAUGAAGAUGCAGAGGCAGAUGGGUCUGGAGGAGACAGGCCUGCUGGACGAGCCCACCAUGGCUGCCAUGAAGCAUCCUCGCUGUGGGGUCCCUGAUGUGCGCAGCUACCAGACGUUCGCCGGCGACCUCAAAUGGGACCAUCAUGACGUCACAUACAGAAUCCUAAACUACUCCCCGGACAUGGAGGAGUCUCUGAUUGACGACGCCUUCGCUAGGGCCUUCAAGGUGUGGAGUGAUGUCACCCCUCUGACAUUCACGCGCCUAUAUGAUGGAACCGCUGACAUCAUGAUCUCAUUUGGAAGAGCAGACCACGGAGACCCUUACCCAUUUGAUGGAAAAGACGGUCUGUUGGCGCACGCCUACCCACCUGGCGAGGGCGUACAGGGAGAUGCCCACUUUGACGAUGACGAGUACUGGACCUUGGGCACAGGAACAGUGGUGAAGACUCGCUAUGGCAAUGCAGAGGGCGCUCUGUGCCACUUCCCUUUUGUGUUUGAGGGCAAGUCUCACUCCAGCUGUACCUCUGAGGGACGCACCGACAACCUGCCUUGGUGUGCCACUACCGCUGACUAUGACAACGACAAAAAAUAUGGCUUCUGCCCCAGUGAACUUCUUUACACGUUUGGAGGGAAUGCCAACGGAGCAGAGUGCGUGUUCCCCUUCAUCUUCCUGGGGGAGACCUACAACGGCUGCACUACGGAAGGACGCAACGACGGCUAUCGCUGGUGUGCCACCACUAACGACUUUGACAAGGACAAGAAAUAUGGCUUCUGUCCAAGCCGAGACACGGCAGUGAUUGGUGGAAACUCUGAGGGAGAGCCUUGCAGCUUCCCUUUCGUGUUCCUGGGAAAAAAGUAUGACUCGUGUACCAGUGAGGGACGUGGAGAUGGAAAAUUGUGGUGCGCCACCACUAAUGACUAUGACCAGGAUAAGAAAUGGGGCUUCUGCCCAGACAGGGGGUACAGUCUUUUUCUGGUGGCGGCCCACGAGUUUGGACAUGCCCUGGGCCUUGACCACUCCAACAUCCAAGACGCCCUCAUGUUUCCCAUGUAUAGCUACGUGGAGAAGUUCGCUCUGCACAAGGAUGACAUUGAGGGCAUUCAGUAUCUCUAUGGGCCCAAACCUGGUCCUAAUCCCACACCCCCUCAGCCCACCCCUGACCCCAGUAAGCAGCCCGAUCGCCCCGCUACCACAGCACCAACCACCACUACCCCAGCCCCUAUCGACCCUUCCAAAGAUGCCUGCAAGGUGGACAAGUUCGACACCAUCACAGAAAUAGAUGGAGACCUGCAUUUCUUCAAGGAUGGACAGUACUGGAGAAUGUCGAAUAAGGGUCUCCAGGGACCAUUCUUAAUUUCCGAGAGGUGGCCAGCACUUCCUGGCGUUGUCGAUGCUGCCUUCCAAGACCAGCUUAACAAGAAAAUGUACUUCUUCUCAGGGACCCGUUUCUGGGUGUAUACUGGUCAGAGUUUGUUGGGUCCCCGUGGCAUUGAUAAGAUGGGACUGCCCAAGAGUGUUAGCAGAGUGGAGGGAGCGCUGCAUAAAGGAAAGGACAAGGUCCUACUCUUCAGUGGGGAGAACUACUGGAGACUUGUUGUGAAGGACCAGAUGGUUGACAAAAUGGCUGUCACAAACGUGGUCUUUGGGGGUGUUCCCAGUGAUGUCACUGAUGUUUUCCUGUACAAGAGAAACAUGUACUUCGUCCGGGAACGGUUCUACUGGCGGAUGAAUGUUAACAAACAAGUAGACCGUGUGGGUUAUGUGAAGUACGACCUACUGCAGUGUUUUGACCCCUCCGGCUCUAGAUACUGAAACAUGGUCAAGGUCUGAAGACCCUAUCAGUAGAAUUCAAAUUUGCCAAUAUCACAAGGGGCAAAAGAUGAUAUUUCUGAGUAUUUAUGGUACAAUUUAGAUUGUGUGAUAAGUGAUCGCACCAUCAUCCAAACUGAUUCAACAAUGGUUAGAAUAGCCAGGUUCCCAACACUGUCAUACAUUUUCCCCUCUCAAUGAUAAUCUGUGAAAAGGCUCAUAAGUGGGCUCUACAGUCUAGUUUAGCGAAACUUUGACCAAUUGAUUGGUUACAUUCACCAGCAGAUUAGAAUCCAGGGCUCUGCUGGUAUGAUUUAUUUGUCUGCCCGGUGCAGGAGUAUCAGUGUUAACUUAAUGUGUACAUUGAUUUAAUAUACAUUUUAUUUUUGUGUUUGACUGUUAUGUUUUGUGUAAUUGUUUUUAUUUUAUUGCAAAGGGCUUGAUGCCAAUUACUUGCACUGGAUGACAUUGGUGGCAUGUCUCCUUAACUGAAAUAAUUUAUGAAAAUCAAUAGGAUUUUUCUAUUAAAAUAGACUUUAAUAAACAAAUAAUACUCAU